AUGGGUGAAGGGCCCAGGCCGGCCUGCUCCCAGGGGCCCGCAGCAUCUCACAGAUUGUGGAGGAGGAUUAUGGGGGAGCGUGAGGGGGGGAGAGCUGUGUGUAGGCAUGAGUUUCAUUUAUUGACAUUCUCAGUAGAAAAACUGAUGGCUGCAGAAAAUGACAGACUGACACUGAGGCGUCUGGAGGGCCCAGUCCACAAGUUUAUUAAAGUGGCAAUACCCACAGACUUAGAAAGACUACAGAAGCACCAUAGUAACAUCUUAAAGUUUCAGCAGUUGCAGCAAUGGGACAGGCUUCACGACGAACACAUCAAUGCAAUUCGAACUGUGCAGCAGUUGAGGGCAAACGUGAAGGAGAUGGAGAAGCUGUGUGGCCGCGUGCGAGUGCAAGAUGCCGCUUCACUGGAGAAACUGGUGCGUCCGAGGGCUUCGGCCGCGGUCCAGGACUUUCUGCAGCUGCACCCAGGGCCCCCACUGCCGGCCCGGACCCCCGCCUCUGCCUCUGACUCCCUUACGAGUGACACGUCCGGCGGCCAUCACCCAACAGAAGCAGAGCAGGGUCUACAUGACACGCAGAUGCAGCUCCCAGCCAUACCUGCAGACGAGAUCGCAGCAGAGUCCUGGGAAAACCUAGAAGAGGAUCUGAGAGAGCUGGGCGGUCUGGUGACGGAGUUCUCCCUGCUCGUCUACUCCCAGCAGGAGCAGAUCGACAACAUCGAGGACAACAUCAACAUGGCCGCCGCUAACGUGGAGGAGGGGACCCGCAGCCUGGGGAAGGCUGUGGGGUACAAGCUGGCCGUGCUGCCCAUCGCCGGAGCGCUUCUCGGGGGAGUGAUAGCGGGUCCUCUCGGCCUCCUGGCUGGGUUCAAAGCUGCAGGGGUGGCAGCGGCGGUGGGGGGAGGAGCGCUGGGGUUCGCCGGUGGUAACAUGGUCCAAAAGCACCGGAAAGCCAAUUUAGAUCUGCAGAUGAAGCAGCUGACGGCCCCACCGCAGAAGUCUCCGUCUGAAGAGGAGUUAGCGAAAGACAAAUGA